CUUACAUGGACUGUUCCCAUCAAAGUCCCCCUUUAAACCAUAGACUUUUUCCCCUCAGAGUGCCCCCUUACAUGGACUGUUCCCAUCAAAGUCCCCCCUUACAUGGACUUUUCCCAUCAGAGUGCCCCUUUACAUGGACUGUUCCCAUCGAGUCCCCCUUUACAUGGACUGUUCCCAUCAAGUGCCCCCUUACAUGCAGUUUUUCAACCGGGAGUGCCACCUUACAUGGACUGUUCCGCAUCAGAGUGCCCACCUUACAUAGAUUGUUACCAUCAGAGUGCCACCUUACAUGGUCUGUGCCCAUCAGAGUGCCCCUUAACAUGGACUGUUCCAUCAAGAGUGCCCCC